GAAUUUUGGCGUUCAGAUACACUACAUCAGUUUCAUCCACCUACCAAGUCAAGGAGGUAAGGGGGAAUUCAGAAAUGCUGAAAGUGCCAGAUGACAUUGUCAUGGAACAGGAGGACUCUGCUUCUCAAAAUGGAGAAACAACAAGUUGGGAUAUCAAUGACGUCAAACUUCCCCAGGAUGUGAAACAAAGAGAUUGGUUUCAAGAAUGGCCAGAUUCCUAUGUAAAGCAUAUCUAUAGCUCGGAUGAUAAAAAUGCUCAGCGGCACCACAGUAGUUGGGCAAUGAGAAACACCAACAAUCACAACUCCCGUAUCUUAAAAAAGUCCUGUCUCGGUGUGGUGGUUUGCAGCAAUGAAUGCUCAACUCCUGAUGGGAGGAAGAUCUAUUUGAGACCAGCCAUAUGUGAUAAAGCUAGGCAAAAACAGCAGAGGAAAUGCUGUCCAAACUGCAAUGGGCCUUUGAAGCUUAUUUCUUGUCGAGGUCAUGGUGGUUAUCCUGUCACUAACUUCUGGAGGCAUGAAGGACCAUUCAUAUUUUUUCAGUCCAAAGGAGCACAUGAUCAUCCAAGACCAGAAACCAAGCUAGAAGCAGAAGCAAGAAGAUCACUCCAAAAAGCACUUACAGUUGUUUCCCCCACUUCUCCAAGACUAAAAAAAAUUCGGGAGCCUGAGUCUUUGGCAGAUGACAUUCAGAGUCAAGAAGCUCUGACUUUACAUCUUUCCAGUCAGGAAGACUAUAUAUCACCCAGUAAUUUCAACAGACACUUACUAGACAAACCCCCGCAAGAGCACAUGCUAAGUACCAGUUUGUCUCUUGCAAAAAACUAUGGCUUUGGAAGCUCCCCAUAUCUUACCGAGCACACACAGGUUACAAGAUCUAACACACUCUAUGACAAGUACAAAGACAUUGGCAGUGGAGGAUGUGAUACUGGAAGCCAAUCUAGACCUUCUGUCUGUAAUGCAUAUGUUGGCUAUGAAGAGCCACAAAGUUGGAAUAAAAACAGAGUUUUGGGAAGAAAUCCAUGCAAUGAAAAAUGCUGCAAUGACUCUGCUUUGCCUUUGACUGAUUUGCAUCGUGAAAUCCUUUCUUCUCAAAACUGUAUUGAAUCCACUCUACAGCAUGUUCCUACUGUACCAAAUACAACAAAGGCUGGCUACUACCCCUUCAGGCCUAAUAUAGGCCUAUGUGGAGAGGAUUUUUAUGAAGGAAAAUCACACAUGAACUAUAACAGCAGCUACAUCCCUCCCUCCUUGUACCAUCUCUCCCAAGAGGAUCCUUACCUUGUUAUGAACACUGUACAUCAGCAUUCACUGCCCAUGAAAGGAACUGAAUGGGACUCUGAAGAAGAGCAAAAGUACCCCAGUCUGGAUUACUGCAACAAUGAAAUGUUUUUUAAUCUCUGUCCUUUGAGAUGAUCAUAUUUGAGUUUCCUUCCUUCCCUCCGGGGCUGGAUUCUGUACUCCCUGUUCUAAUUUGGAUAGCAUUUUACCUUCACUUUGUGCCCCCUCUGCAUUGGUAUAUUGCAGGAAGUGGGAUGAAGGGGUACAGCUCCCUUGUACAUCUUUGUACACCAGGGCAGGGGAACCAAAACAUAGUUCAGUUUAUCCCCUACUCCACUGGGGGACAAUCUCUUGGGCAGACAUGCCACAAAUUUGCCUCACAUCUCUAAGUGCUGUUCCAAUCCCCUUCCCCUGCCAAAGCAGAUUUCUGCCCCUGUCCUGUGACACUCCAAUCCCCUUCCCCUGCUUUCUGUCUCUGCCCUGUGAUCCCUGCCUGAUCUUUGCUUUCUUCUUCCUGCCCACUCAACUGCCCUGUUUUCUGCUCCCUGUCCUCUCCCAAGUCUGCUGUGUGCCACACCCAAAGGCUGCCCAAGCCAUAUGUGGCACACAGGUUGGCCACCCCUGCCCUACUUCACCCCUGUGGGUAUGUUACCUACCCAAUUUAUGGACAUUUCCAUGCAGCUUGUCUUACUGAUUCCUCCUAUUGCUUUUAAGCUACUCUUUCUGUCAUUUAAGGCUCUAGCAAGCCCUUUAGUACAUCUUUCCCCUAUUCCAUCCCCUCCCCUGUUCAAACACCCCAGAACUUAGGGGUCUAAACACAGACUUCAUCAUUUCAACCCAUCUCCCCUCCCUAUUCUAAACAAGCAAUUCCCCAAAUGAUAUGUUGUAGUGUGACAUGCAGUAAAGAUUUUAUUGGCAUGAGUCAGGGAGGAGAGUAUUACAAAACAAAUGGUAAUAAAAACUUAAUAGUAC